GACAAGCUUUUGCUUCCAAAACCAAACACUCCUUCCUUUUUAUCCCUUCUCCUUCAACCCACACUCUCAGAACUGAAUUUCCAAUUUCCAACACCCCUCUUUCUUCCCCAAUUUCAUCAUUUCUCCUCAACCAAAAUCUCUCUUUCUCUAUUUUUAACCCAAUUUUAUCUCACAGAUAAUUUAGAUCUAAUGCCGGAAACCGAUUCUCCCCCCAAAACGUUUCUCGGCAUCCGUUUCUUUCUCCUCGGAUUCGAUCCCGUCAGGGAAAAUGAGGUUCGGUCGAAGCUUAUUGACGGCGGCGGUGUGAGCGUCGGUCAGUACAACGACAGUUGUACGCAUGUGAUUGUUGACAGGAUUAUUUAUGAUGAUCCUGUAUGUGUUGCUGCUCGGAAAGAUGGCAAAACCCUUGUCACUGGAUUAUGGGUUGACCACAGUUUUGAUAUUGGAAUGCCUUGUGAUGCCACUCCGAUUAUGUACAGACCUCUUAGAGAUUUGAAUGGUAUUCCGAGUGCCAAAAGUCUAAUUGUGUGUUUGACUGGUUAUCAGAGACACGAACGAGACGACAUUAUGACGAUGGUUGGCUUGAUGGGUGCUCAAUUUUCCAAGCCACUAGUGGCAAACAAAGUCACUCAUCUUAUAUGCUACAAAUUUGAAGGUGAGAAGUAUGAGCUUGCCAAGAAAAUGAAGAGGAUAAAGCUUGUCAAUCAACGGUGGUUGGAAGACUGUUUAAGAGAUUGGGAGCUUCUUCCUGAGGCUGAUUAUAACCAGAGUGAUUAUGAGUUAGAGAUGAUGAAAGCUGAAGCUAAAGAUUCUGAUGAAGAGGCUGGAGAAACGGUGAUAAAGCAAUCUGCAGAAAGAAAUAUUAGGAGUCCUCAUGAUUUAAAGGUCAGAAUGCUGAGUGCCACUGAAUUGCCCAAAUCAGCAGUCGAGUUGCCAAAUCCCACUUUGCCUGAAGAUCCAUUAUUAAAUACUAUAGCCAAGGAAACCUUUUUGACUCCAGGCAAAUUGAACAGAUUAUCCCCAAGCCUCAAUAGUGUGCAGCUUUCUGAGACACAUGGUUGUCAAGAAACUGGUGCUUCUGGGAAAGUUGCUUCUGUUGAAUUUCCCGUACAACACCUGGAAAGCCCAAAUUCUACAAGGAUAGAAAUGAACCUUGUAUCUACCACUAAAAAAGAUGAGAAGUGCUUUCCUAAGGCAGAGUUUACUGCUAUAUACUCCAGGAAAACACAGAAAAAAUCUACACUCCCUGGUUUCUCAGGACAGACAUCAGGAAAUACAAGUGGGUCUCCUAAAGCAAUGGGAUGUAAGGAUGCUUUUGAUUGUUAUUCCCCUGCAAUGCAGAAGGCAAAAACCCUAUUCAGCACUGGUUGCAUUGAAUCUCCUUUCAAAGGAAGUAGUCUUUAUCAGGGAGACGACUCAGCUGGUAUUUUGCCUCAGAAAAGAAUGAUAGAUGCUUCUGCCCCAAGCUCCAAAUCACAGAAGACAACUCACAAUGCAAAAGCAAUCAUCAUGAGAAGUCCUGAUCUGAAUGUUGCACAUAAAUCUAGUGCGACCAUUGCGAAAAAGCCCUCAAGUGCUGGUGAGAAGUCAAAUAAAAAUGAUUUGACUUCCUUUCUGGCUGCAAAUGUAGAGAAGGGGCAAAAUGAGAAUGCUGAGAAGUCACCAAUGUCCUGCAGGAAAUUUAGGGAGUCCAAUUCAGCAAGCAAGUCCAGUUUUGAAAAUUUUGGCAUGGAAGGAUCUUCUGAUGUUGUUGGGGAGCCUGUGGUCACAGAAAAUAAGAAGCAGGAUUUUAAAGAUUCCUCCCCAAGUUGCAUGAAACCGGAGAUGGGGGUAUCCCAUAACCCUGCAAACUUGGAUUCAGUUGGAGGAAGUAAUAAGUUGGGUGGAAAACUGCCUAGGACAAAGAUGCUUGCCAAGAAGACCUUGGGUAGACCAAAGGCGAGUAAUAUUUCUAAAAGUAAAUGCUCCAUCUACUCCAACAAAAUUGCAUCUGAAAACAAUCCUGCAAUUUGCUUCAAUGAGAAUAAGGAGAGAGCAGCUUGUAGGAGUGGAAAUGAAGAAGCAUCCACCUCAACAGUUAGUAAUGAUGCAGUCAAAGAGAUGGUGACAAAAACUGUUGAGAAUGGUGCAGCUAAUGAUUUUGAAUUCAUGGAUGCUGAAACUGAGGCUCCAAAUGAGAAAGACAAACAUGAUUUUGAGGAGACUUUUAAUGAAGAGAAGUCUGAGUUUGUUGAUUCGGUACAUAAAGCAUGUAAGGCAAUGGAAUCAGAACAUUCAAGAGAUCACUCCAGGGCUGCUAUGCUAAAGGAUAUAGUAAGCUCAGAAAAUGCAGCUGGAACCGAGCUGGAGAGUUCAAUCUCCAAUAAGAAAACUAAAUUACGGCCCAAAAAAUUCAAGACAACCAAACAGGGUGAAUCAACGUCUCCAACAGAAUUCAUGAAUGAUGAAACUAGAGCUCCAGAUGAGAAACACAGACAUGAUCUUGAGAAGGCAUUUAAUGAAGAGAAGUCCAAGUUUGUUGAUUUGGCACAUAAAAUAGAUAGGAUCAUGGAAGCCAAACAUUCAAGAGAUAACUCCAGGGCUCCUAUGCAUGAGAAUAUAGUAGCAUCAGAGAAUGCAGCGAAUGGAACCGACCUGGAAACUGCAAUCUCCAACAAGAAAACCAAAUUGGGUGAAGGCAAGAAUAAAGCUGUUCCUGCUAAAUCAAAGAAAGAUUUGGUUGCAGAAGAGACUCAGGAUGGGAAGAACCUUAAGGAGGAUGAAAAGGAAAAUUUUAUUCCACAUCAUGGGGACAAAAAUAAUGGCAGCAAUGCUUCUGCAAAUGAGUUGGAGAACUCCAUCGAAGAGGAGAAUAGGCCGGUUCUGGAUGUGGAUCAAAAUCCAAGAGUUGGGGAAACAGCUGCUGGUAAAUUAGUGACAAAAUUAAAAAAGACACCAGUCAAGGGUGAUAAAAUUUCUGGGAUCAAUUCUAAAACAUUGCCUGCACAGGAGGUUUUGAACCGGGUGAAAAGUGAACCCAUGUGGUUUAUAUUGAGUGGGCAUAGAUAUCAAAGAAAGGAAUUUCAGCAAGUAAUUAAGCGAUUGAAAGGAAGGCGUUGCAGAGAUUCUCACCAGUGGUCAUACCAAGCAACCCAUUUCAUCGUCCCAGAACCAGUUCGCAGGACUGAGAAGUUUUUCGCUGCAGCUGCAUCUGGCAGGUGGAUUCUUAAGUCUGAUUAUUUAAGUGCCUGCAGCCAGGCAGGAAAGUUCCUGCCGGAGGAUUCUUAUGAGUGGCAUGAGAAUGGCCUUAGUGAGGAUGGUGCUAUAAAUUUAGAAGCUCCUAGAAAGUGGCGUCUCUUAAGGGAGAGAGCUGGCUAUGGUGCUUUCUAUGGAAUGCGCAUUGUUAUACAUGGAGAGUGCAUUGCACCUCCCUUGGAUACUCUGAAGCGUGUCGUGAAGGCUGGAGAUGGUACCAUACUAGCAACUUCUCCACCUUACACCCGAUUCCUCAAAUCUGGAAUUGACUUUGCAGUUGUUAGCCCUGGCAUGCCGUGUGACGACAUCUGGGUCCAAGAGUUUUUAAAGCAUGAGAUACCUUGUGUUACAGCUGACUACCUAGUAGAGUAUGUCUGCAAGCCCGGGUAUCCUCUUGAGAGACAUGUACUCUACAAUACCCAAGCAUGGGCGGAGAAGUCCUUUGCUAACUUGGUAAGCCGAGCAAAUGAGACUGUUCAGGACUUGUGCACCCCACCAGAUAAUCAUCAAAGCCAUGACAUAGCUUGCCAAGUUUGUGGUUCUUAUGAUAGAGGAGAGGCCAUGCUGAUCUGUGGUAAAGAAAGCGGCUCUCUUGGUUGUGGGAUUGGCACUCAUAUUGAUUGUUGCAAUCCUCCUCUGGAAGCUGUUCCGGAGGACUGGUUUUGCCCGGAGUGCAGUAGUGAAAGCAGAAACAACCUGAAUUCUUCCAAGAAAAGGAAGAAAGGGAAAGGGACACCUACAUCCAAGCACUGAGUGGUAUUCCUGGCGUACAUUGUGUUAAAGUGUGGAACCGUUCCCAGAGUAACAUUUCUCAAAAACUGAGCUAGAGCCACUGGGCCUGUUUGGAAAGACUCGUUGAAAGUAGGUUGGGUUCACCAAUCACCCCAAGCCCAAAUGCAUAUUUUCUACAAGGCUUGCUAAUUUUCUUGUUGCUUAGCGAAGACACUGCUGGGCGUAUUUAAAAAUACUGUAGCGUUACGGGAGUGUACUUUGUUAGGUUGUGCUGUUGAUGUAGAUUGUCUUUUUCUAUUUCAGAAAUAUAUAGAAAAAAUUGUU